AUCUUUGGGAUUGAGAGUUCCCGCGGUCGAAUUGUCUGGGAGUACUUUGUGCCAGGUACCCGCUUGCCCAACACUUCGGCACAGCACCUCUUCACACAGCGCACCACCGGUCACUUUCCUCUCACUCCCGUGGCUUGUGUGCUACUUGAAACACAGAAGUCAAAGAAGCUUCACUCCGCUCUUCUCUACCUCGACCCCAUCCUCGGUGUUCCAUUAAACCCACGAACUUUAGAACCGGCGACGAAGGCGGAGGAGGCGAUAGUACACUUACCUAGCCGUGUUAAGGUGGCGGCAUUGGUACCGACGACGGCAUCGGGGAUGUUAUCGACGUUGGGAGGCGAAGCGGAAGCUGAGGCGGCGAACCAUGUGCGACCCCUUUGUGUGGUACUGGAAAAUCUCUCCGUGAUGCUGCUGCCUCCUACUUUAUCCACUAUCAACCCCAGAAUCUUACUUCCAGCCCAUGGUCUUUACAUUUUUGCGUUGAAUACCGAACCCGCUACUGUUUCGGGUUAUCGUGUGAUGACGGUGAACAGGAACGUCACAGCCGCUACCACCAAUCUCACAGCACAGCUACUAUGGCAUAUGCACCUCUCUUCGGAGGACUAUCCACAACGCAUCCUCCAGGCCGCAGUACAUCCCCCUAGUGGUGAGUCUCCGAGUUUGAGCAUCACCUAA